CAGUACACGCUGGGUUUAUUUUGGCAUCACUCCUAUUCUUUAGCAUUAGAGGAAGAGAUUUCGCAGUUUUCCCACAUUACACCACUAUUCGCUCACAUUUAAAAUUGUAGAGCUUUGUUGUUCACAAUCACGGGCGUAAAAUGAACCUCUGCGUCACCGGCAUCGCAAAGUUCAGCUGCAGCAUUAGUAAGUGAGGAGUAAACAGGCAAAUCGAUCAACAGCAGCGCGUUUAACCAACAGCACAACACGACCUUUGGCUGGACAUGAACGGUAAUAGCAGCACACAGCGUUAUGUGUCCACCUUCUGGAUGUACAUAAAGCCGCACCGCGCACCGGUGAACGGGCCAGGAAGCCCUGACAGCAGGACUGAUACAGGGUGUCCUAACCACUCCUCUCAUAAACCUCUGGAUCCACCGAGCUUCAUAGAGCCCCUGAGUGACUGCUGCGUGGAUGAAGGAAGUGACUUCACACUACGAGGGGUUCUCACUGGAAGUCAGCCUAUCAAAGUGUCAUGGUUGCACAAUGGUUCAGUGGCUCAUUUUGGGAAGUCUUCCUUCAAUGGCAGUGAGGUGAGUUUUGUUCUGAGAGAGUGCCUGCCGGAAGAUGCCGGCGCCUACACCUGCUUGGCAGAAAACAGUGCAGGGAAGACAUCCUGCUGUGCUGCUGUGUUCAUCAGAGACUUUGAAACCAUCUAUGGAGUCUCAAAGAUCCCCACUUCUGCAUCUCAGAUCAUUAAGGAGAAUGGAACACUACCACAGACUCUCAAAGAAGAACAACAGCAGCAGCUCAAAGGAACUGUUUGUACCUCCACUACAGGCUCUGAUAAACAGAACCCGGUCUCUUCUCCAAGAGAAGUCAUCCCAAAGAAGAGAGCCAACUCAGGCACAGGUCCAACAUUACAUUUUGAAAAUUCUCCACAGCACCUUGAGGUGAAGGUGGGACAGCCUGCCCGUCUGAAGUGUUUUUUCACCGGCAGCCCUCCCGUAGUGUCCUGCUGGAUCCGAAAUAAAGAGCAGAUAGUGGAUGGUCCCGAGCUGUGGACUGAACAUUCUGAUCAGAGCAGUACACUAGUUAUAUUGGAGACGAAACCACAGGACGCAGGUUGCUACACCAUUGUAGUGAAGGACCGCAAGAGUUCAGCACAGCACACGCUCACCCUUUCUGUCAUAGAGACACCACAGCCGCCUGCCUCGUGUCCUGUGAUCUCCCGUGUCUCUGCUUCCGGCCUUGUGCUGUCCUGGUCAGGCCCCUGUUAUGACGGUGGCAGUGCCAUCCUGGGUUAUGUGGUUGAGGUAAAGAGCCAAGGACAAGCUGAACCUGGGGAUUGGAAUGAGCUCACUGCCCAGUGUAAGAGUACCUCAUACAAAGUGUGCUCUGGGCUACAGCCACAAGGGGAAUACUGUUUCAGAGUGAGGGCUUACAACGCAGUAGGAGUAAGCGAGCCAGGACCUGUGUCGCCAGUAGUCAGUAUGGAGCAGAAAGAGAAUCUGCAAGGAGAGGAGGCCCAUCCAGUAUAUGUCACAAUUGACUCUUCCCACAAAGUCACAGAUCAUUACAAUUUGCAAGAGAAACUGGGCAUGGGAAAGUUUGGCCUGGUGUUCAAGCUAAUUCACAAAGAGACAGGACGUGUGUGUGCUGGAAAGUUCUACAAAGGCCGACGUAUCAAAGAGAGGGAGGCUGCUCGUAAAGAGAUAGAGCUGAUGAACUACCUCCACCACCCCAAACUGGUUCACUGUCUGGCUGCAUAUGACCACAAGCCUGAGAUAGUCAUGGUUAUGGAGUUUAUUGCAGGUGGGGAACUAUUUGAACGUAUUGUGGAUGACAGUUUUGAGCACACAGAGCUUGCCAGUACACGCUACAUGCAGCAGAUCCUGGAGGGGGUUGCAUACAUGCAUCAGCAAAACAUUGUCCAUUUGGACCUCAAACCUGAAAACAUUGUGUGUGUUGACACCACAGGCACCUCCAUAAAGAUUAUUGACUUUGGAUUAGCCAGCAGGCUUGAUGGAAAAACACCUCUGAAGGUGAUGCAUGGGACUCCGGAGUUUGUGGCACCUGAAGUGAUCAACUAUGACCCUGUGAGUUUGGCCAGUGACAUGUGGAGCAUUGGGGUCAUCUGCUAUAUAUUACUGAGUGGUGAGUCUCCGUUCCAAGGGAACAGUGAUACAGAGACCCUGGCCUUGGUCACAGCUGCCCAGUGGGAAUUUGAUGAGGAGAGCUUUGAUGAGAUAACAGAAGAGGCCAAAAAUUUCAUUAGCUCCCUGCUCAUCAAGGACACCAGACAGCGGAUGUCUUGUGCAGAGGCCCUUGCCCACCCCUGGAUGGCAGCAUUUACCUUUGGAGAUCUUGCUACUAAUAAGUGCCUGUCCAAGGAGAAGAUGAAGAGGUUUCUAGCCAGGCAGAAGUGGAAGAGAGCAGGUAAGGCCAUGCAGGCCCUGAAUAGGAUGGCUUUACGUUCCAAAAGUGAAAGCUCUGGAUCUCCUACAAACACUGGAGAAAACUCACCCCUAAGCCCAGAGGCAAAGCAUGCCCUGCAGUCUCUGGAGUGCAAGAUGCAGGAGCCUCCCCAGUUUACUCAGAGCCUGGAGGACCAGACUGUACACCAGGGAUCCAGUGCCCGUCUCGCUUGUCAUCUCACAGGAUACCCUGACCCAGAGGUGGUGUGGCUGUGUGGAGAAGAACCUGUUGUAGAGUCAUCCACAGUGCAGAUAGAGUAUGAGGAAGAUGGCCGCUGUACCCUCGUCCUCACCAAAGUUGGUCCUAAGGACACCAAUGUUUACACUUGCAGAGCCACCAAUGACCAUGGGGAGACAUCCUGCUCUGCCAAACUCACUGUUCAACAGUAGACUGAAUGCAUGAUAGAGAUGGAGAGAAUACUGUAUAUUAAUGCCCUUGAGUGCCUUGAACUCUUCAGUUGUACAGUGCAUUUUUGUUUUAAUACAACCUGUGUAUCCUGUAUUGUGGGGGGAGAGUAUAAUACAAGUUAAGAACAGAUGAUUUUUGUUAAAGCUACAAGCAGACAAUAUACUGUAUAAGGGGUUUUUUUUUAUUCGUGGGACUAACAAUGUUAUACCAUGUCUUAAUAAUAACAUAAUUUUUAAGAUUCCCUUUAAUAUGAAUAAAUUGAUAUCCUUUUUUUAAAUGCAACAUGCCUGAAGUUAUGCUGUUUGAAUCAUGUAGUGAAUGAAUUUUUGAGUAAAACAAACCAAAAUGUCUGACUUGAAAAAGCCAUUAACACCUGACAUGUUCAAAAACUACUGAAAGUUAACAGCAAGUAAGCAAUUAAAGACUAACUUUUUUGUAACA